AUGUCAUCGCAACACCAACAACAACGAUCCGGGGAAACUGGUGAACAAGUAGAUCCCAUGGAGAUUGACAGUGAUUUAAACGACCACAAUAAUAGACAUCCUCAAGACAUUAUUGAAUUGGACGAUGAUUCCGAUGAUUCCGAUUAUUCUGACAAUGAUGACCGCAAAAUUCCCAGUCGUGUCCGUGAUCACAAUCAUGUAGCUUCCAACUCUCCUGGCAAUAUCUCUCAACGCCGCAGAAGACGACGGAUUGGUUCCCAAACAGCACGAGGACCAGCUGUCAUUGACCUGGUGGAUUCUCCUCCUCCAGUGGCAAAUGUAGCUUCGGCACCAACUACUGCUACGACUGACGACAACGGAUGGGCCUGUCCUCAAUGUACACUGCUCAAUCCUACAACUCGCAAUAUUUGCGAUGCCUGUCAAUACCGCAAUCCACACAUUGCCCGACCACCCGACGCUUCCUUUCGAGAUCAACUCAUUUCGGACGAUCCUCCUGGUUUUAGUUAUUCUCAAACGCACUACGGAAGUCCUUUUGCAGCAGCAGGAACAGCAGCCACAUCAAAUCGCAAUAAUGCCCAUGCCAACAAUGCCUCACAAGGAGGCGCUGCGAUGUUUGGCGGAGCUCUCUUGGGUGGCAUGAUGGGAGCUGCCGGAUCCUUUAUGAAUGGACGACCCGUCCUGUCUUCAGCGGCCGAAGGUGCCAUGACGGGUGCGGUCAGUGGAGCCUUUUUACACGAAGUCUUGCAUUCACCUUCCUCACCAGCGUACCAACGGCAACGACGACGACGACAACAACAACAAGUUUCAGCCCAAGAGGAAAUGGCGGCGGCGCGGUCGUCGGCUGCAAUGGGACUCGCCGGAUAUCCUUCCAUGAAUACAGCGGCGGAUUUCACCAAUUCGUAUGACGAUGAUAAUAACAACAACAACACUAUUGAUGAUAUUGCGCCCCGUCCAACUCGUCGGCGUGCCAGACCAAGAGCGAGCUAUCGAGUCUUUGAAGAACGGGAUCCAUUGACAGGUGCCAGUACCACUGUGGUCCAAGCUGGGGCUUCCACGACGAGGAUUCUACGACCCACUACCCGUUCUUCAACGACACGAAGAAGUGGUGACGGCAUGACUGAUCCUCUCUUGAGCAUGCUGGUGCAUUCCUACCUCCAAGAGGGACGUCGUGGCGGCGGCGCUGGUGGUGCAGGGAUGCCCAAUCCGGAUAACAUGAAUUACGACGAACUUUUGCAAGCCUUUGGAAAUGGCAAUGACAACAUGGGAGCUUCCGAUGGUGACAUUCGAGCAUUGCCUUGCAAAAAAAUUGAGGACCCAGAAAAGGAACUCCCGGAAGUUUCGAGAGAGUGUUUGAUUUGCUUGGAGGAUUUCCAAAAGGACGAGACACGCAUGACUUUGCCAUGUUUGCAUGGGUUUCACAAGGAGUGUGCACAAAAGUGGUUGCGAACCAAUGGAUCUUGUCCCAUUUGCAAGCACAAGAUAUCAACAACUAGCUAG